AAUGGUGAAAGGAGGAAAACGCUACUAUGGUAUGGAGAAGGACGGCCAGUGGUUUGUCCAUCCACACGGUUCAAAGUUAACAUCUCGUGAAGUCUGUACAACCACUGGAGCUAUGCUGAGUGAGGCUAAGACAUUGUUGCCUGAGGAUCGGCAUGUGAAGCGCUAUCCUAAAUGGAAAAUUGACCAGCGAUCCAGGGAGGAUUAUCCAUUAUCAUGUCAUGACAAUAAGAACACCUUAAAAAGUAGCAUCACAAUCUUCUCUAAUGGUGUGGGGCGAAGAAAAUACCCCGAUGAUCAUAUUCAGACCACAACUCAGAUCAGUUUGGCCCACGAAUCAGCUGAAGAGCCUAUAUCUAGGUUUUUUGCAAUUCAACCUGACUUUACUUCAGUGGAGGUCUUGAGUGUACCGACCAAGAACAGGAGGUUCCCUCAAAACCACAAACUGAGGUCAGAAAGGGCCUUUGAUGAGACAAGGGAGCAGUUAAUGUGGUUUGGACAAGUCCCAGAUAGUCUGGAUGUGCUGGCAACUUCCAACCUGUCGACCCCUUCAGAGUCCUCACUCAUUUAGGUCACGGACAGACGUACAAUAAGAACAUUUGGGUGGCUGGAAUAAAAGAUUCAAUGAGUUUUAGUUUGAGGAC